CGUGCCUCCUGCGCAGACUGCGGUGCUGAUAAAGCGAGUCGUGUACCAGUAGUGUAGCCUCAGCGGCAAUGACGGGCAGGAAACCUCAUGACCGCACUCGUGGUGUCCGUGACAGUGCAGCAAUGCAUUCAGCUUGAAGCAUGUCGACAAAGUUUACGCUACUCCAGUCAUCGCCUAUUCCUUCCCUCUGUCCCUUGGCUCUACGCACAGCUGCGAUCUUCGUUGAGGCGCAGCGUGUCUGUGAAGCUAUGCAGAACAACUGUCGUUCGGUUUGCAGAAUCGUCGCGAACUUCGAAAUGGUGCAGCAAUUUCGGCAAAGCUUUCAAGACAUGAGAGAGCUUCUACAUAAUCGGGUACUGCAUAUGGGAAGCCAGAUGAGCUUCCAUUAAUGUCUAUCCGUCCGCAAGGCACGUCAAAUCCUGAGCAUGCAUGCUGCAAUGUGCCUGAGCUGUAUGGACGUAUUUAAAAUGCAAUAAUCGACUUGGAGAAAAUGAGAUUAUUGCGCUGUGCAUGUCAUGCCUCGUAUUUUGUUCGUCUCUGCCCCUGCAUCAAA